AUGUCUCUCACGAACUGUCGGUUCUACGAGGAGAAGUACCCCGAGGUUGACAGCUUCGUAAUGGUAAAUGUCAAGCAGAUCGCCGAGAUGGGCGCAUACGUGAAGCUGCUUGAGUAUGACAACAUUGACGGCAUGAUUCUCCUCUCAGAACUGUCCCGCAGACGUAUUCGCAGUAUCCAGAAGCUCAUCCGUAUUGGGCGAAAUGAGGUCGUGAUUGUGCUCCGCGUGGACAAGGAGAAAGGUUACAUUGAUCUCUCAAAGCGUCGUGUCUCCCCUGAGGAUGUGAUCAAGUGUGAGGAGCGGUACAACAAGAGCAAAGCCGUUCACUCGAUCAUGCGCCACGUCGCAGAGGCAACCCAGACCCCUAUCGAGACUCUCUACGAGACUAUCAGCUGGCCUUUGAACCAGAAAUAUGGCCACUCGCACGACGCUUUCAAGAUCUCCAUCACGAACCCUAAUGUCUGGGACGAGAUUACCUUCCCUAGCGAAGCCGUCAAGAAGGAGCUCCAGCAAUACAUCAGCAGCAAGCUCACCCCUCACCCCACCAAGGUCCGUGCCGAUAUCGAGGUCACCUGCUUCGGCUACGAUGGAAUCGAUGCCGUUAAGGAUGCUCUUCGCACCGCCGAGGCCGACAACACUCCCGAGAACCAGAUCAAGGUCAAGCUUGUGGCCCCUCCUCUGUAUGUCUUGGCCAGCCAAUGUCUUGACAAGACCCACGGUGUCAAGAUGCUGGAAGAGGCUAUUCUGAAGAUUGAAGAGCGCAUCAAGGCGAACGGCGGCAACUGCACCGUGAAGAUGGCACCCAAGGCCGUCACCGAGCAUGACGAUGCCAUUCUGCAGGAGCUUAUGGAGAAGCGUGAACGUGAGAACAUGCAAGUCAGCGGUGAUGAGGACUCGGAGAGCGAUGAGGGUGUUCCCGAGUAA